AGAGAGACACAUUACACACGAAAAGGAAAAACAAGAGUUCCGGGGAAAAAUCACACUAGGAUAGAGAAAGAGAGAGUGAGAAUGGCUACAGAGGGAGAUGGGACUGCAAGUAGAAGAUGUAGCAGCAGCAAUGACAACAAAAACAAGUGGUCGCUCCAUGGAAUGACUGCUCUUGUCACUGGCGGAACCAAAUGAAUCGGACAUGCCAUUGUGAAGGAACUAGCGAGGCUUGGGGCGACCGUGCAUACCUGCUCCCGGAAUGAAGCCGAAAUUAAUGAAUGCUUGAAAGAUUGGAAGAGCAAAGGUUUCCGAGUCUCGGGUUCAACUUGUGACGUUUCCUCAAGAUCAGAGCGAGAGAAGCUGAUGCUCACCGUGUCCUCGGUCUUCGACGGCAAGCUCAACAUCCUAAUAAACAACGUCGGGACCAACACCUUAAAGUCGACCAUGGAUUACACAGCAGAAGAUUUUUCCUUCAUCAUGACAACUAACUUCGAAUCGACUUACCAUCUGAGCCAGCUCGCACAUCCCCUUCUCAAGGCCUCGGGAGCUGGAAGUAUUGUGUUCUUGUCAUCCGUUUGCGGCGUUGUCUCAAUAAACGUCGGAUCAAUUUACUCAGCCACCAAAGGAGCAAUGAACCAGUUGACCAAGAAUUUGGCAUGCGAAUGGGCUAAGGACAACAUAAGAAGCAACUCUGUUGCACCUUGGUUCAUAUUGACUCCACUAGCCGAGCCUGUACUUAGUGACGAGAAGUUCCACGAGGAGGUGAUAGCAAGGACGCCACUCGGCCGCACCGGAGAGCCGGAGGAGGUGUCGUCUUUAGUGGCCUUCUUGUGCUUGCCAGCGGCCUCUUACAUAACAGGGCAGACCAUUUGUGUUGAUGGAGGGUUCACCGUGAAUGGCUUCUUAUUUCCUAGAGCAUGAGUCCAACUUUCUUAAGAGGUUUAUUAAUCAAUAAUGGCAACAUCUCUGUGCAUUCACGUGUGCAGGUAGACAAUUUCUUGUUCGUACAUAAGGGAGAGUAGAAGCUACUCUUAUGUUCAUUUACUCUCACCUUCUGAGUCAUAAAGCUAUGGAUGUCAUUUUAAUAUUAAAUUUUUAAAUUUUACCAAUGUAAUCUUGAAUAUUUAAUAAAAUUUUAAUAUAAUACUCCAGUCAAGUUUUUUAGAAAA